GUCAUGGCGGCUUUUCGGAAGCCAGUGCUGCUCGGACUUCGAGACACUGCAGUGCACGGCCGCCCCACGGGGCCGGGCGCCUGGACUGCUAGCAAGCUGGGCGGCCUUCCGGACGCCCUGCCGGCGGUAGCAGCGCCGAGGCCAGUGUGUGAACGUUGCAGGCAGCCUCUCGCCCUGGUCGUGCAGGUGUACUGUCCGCUGGAAGGCUCCCCGUUUCACCGGCUACUGCACGUGUUCGCUUGCCCCCUUCCCAGGUGCGGCAGCGGCGGGACGCGCAGCUGGAAGGUGUUUCGUUCCCAGUGCCUGCAGAUGCGAGAGAGAGAGGCGCAGGACGCUCAGAAACAGGAAAAUGGCCUUGCAGCUGAGGAUUGGUGCGAAGGUGCAGAUGACUGGGGAAGUGACAGUGAGGAGGCGCCACCACCACAGCUUACCUUGGAUUUUGGAAAUGAUUCCAGUAGUGCCAGAGACAUAGACUAUACUGCCCAGCUCCAAAAUCUCCACCUGCAGGAUGCUGCCCCGGGCGCUGCUUCUCCUGUUUCUCCUGGGGAAGAGAUGGUCUUGCCUUCUGAGGUGCCACAGUUCCUGCCGUACUACAUCUGUGUUGUAGAUGAGGAGGAUUACAGGGACUUCGUCAGCCUAGAUCAUGCUCAUAGCCUUCUGAGGGAGUAUCAACAGAAAGAAGGAAUGGAUAUGGAACAGUUGCUUUCCCAUAGUCUUCCUAGUGAUGGGGAUGAAAAAUAUGAGAAGACCACAAUUAAAAGUGGAGAUAAGAUAUUUUACAAAUUCAUGAAGAGAAUUGCUGCUUGUCAGGAGCAGAUUUUGAGGUAUUCCUGGAGUGGAGAACCACUUUUUUUGACCUGCCCUACAUCAGAAGUCACUGAGCUCCCAGCCUGCAGCCACUGUGGAGUCCAAAGGACAUUUGAGUUUCAGCUUAUGCCAGCACUGGUCAGCAUGCUCGGAAGCACUAAUUUAGGUCUUUCUGUAGAAUUUGGAACAAUUCUGAUUUACACAUGUGAGAAGAGUUGCUGGCCUCAAAAUCAUCAGACUCCCAUGGAGGAACUUUGUAUCAUACAAGAAGACCCAGAUGAAUCAUUAUUUAAGUAGAGCAUUUCCUUUUAUUUAUAUAAAUUAAAGCAAAUUUUAAUGUCCA